UCCCCUCCUUCUUCAAUCCCAAUCUCUGACCGCCCUCGCCGUCGCCAUCCCCUCUCCGCCCCCUCCACGCGCGCGCGCCGCGGCACCGCCCCCCGCCCCCGCCGCACGCGCGCGCGGCCGCGCCCGACCCCCGCCCGCAGCCGGAUUCCGCCGCCGCCGGACGCCGCCGGACGCGCGCGGCGCCGCAACAGGUCUGCCUUCCGGGUUGGCGCCAUCAUUAUGUUCUUGCCGAGCAAUGUGUAGCAGUUGCCGCUCGCAAGACUCGAUCCCCCGUUCCCGCGCUGGUGUGCUAGGUGAUGGCAAAACUCCCGAUAGUUGGUCGCAGUGUGCAGCAUAGUAGUAGGAAACCCAACGAGAGCAUGAGGCUUGUCGUCGUGACCAUCAUCGGGGUGGUCUUUGGUUUCUUCAUCGGGAUCUCCUUCCCAACAGUCAGCAUAACAAAGCUUCACUUCCCUUCUAGCAUUGUUUCCUACAUAGAGGACAAGAACUCUGGACUCACAGCUCAGGCUAUACUUAACCAUGCCUGGAUUUCUGCUAGAAACGCAAGGGGCAAUGCUUCUGAAUCUAGUUCAAACACUACCAUGAAGAUAUAUGUACCAACAAACCCCAGGGGCGCAGAGAUGCUAGCACCUGGCAUCAUUGCAUCAGAGUCUGAUUUCAAUGCUCACAGACUAUGGGGAGACCCGGCUGAGGACCUACCCUUCAAGCCAAAGUACCUUGUUACUUUCACUGUUGGAAUUGCACAGAAGGAUAACAUAAAUAGAGCAGUCCAGAAGUUUUCUGAUGACUUUGCUAUCCUGUUAUUUCACUAUGAUGGCCAUGUGACUGAAUGGGAGGAAUUUGAGUGGUCAAAACGAGCGAUUCAUAUUAGUGUUCUGAAACAAGCGAAAUGGUGGUAUGCUAAAAGAUUCUUGCAUCCUGAUAUCGUGGCACCUUAUGAGUACAUAUUUAUCUGGGAUGAAGACCUUGGAGUUGAUCAUUUCAAUGGAGAGGAGUAUAUCAAACUUGUCAAGAAAUAUCAGCUGGAAAUCUCACAACCUGGUUUGGAGCCAGAUAAGGGAUUGACAUGGCAGAUGACCAAAAGAAGAGGGGAUCGCGAGGUUCACAAGGAUACUGAGGAGAGGCCAGGCUGGUGCACGGAUCCUCAUCUUCCACCAUGUGCUGCUUUUGUUGAAAUUAUGGCUCCGGUUUUCUCCAGAGAUGCAUGGAGAUGUGUAUGGCAUAUGAUUCAGAAUGACUUGGUUCAUGGAUGGGGUCUGGAUUUUGCUCUGAGGAAAUGUGUGGAGCCUGCUCACGAGAAAAUCGGUGUCGUCGACUCCCAGUGGAUCGUACACCAAGUGGUUCCUUCUCUUGGGAACCAGGGACAGGCGGAGAACGGGAAGGCGCCGUGGGAAGGGGUGCGGGAGCGCUGCCGAAAAGAGUGGGGGAUCUUCCAGACGAGGAUCGCGGAGGCCGACAAGGCGUAUUACGAGAUGAUGGGCGUCACCCCUCCCAACGUAACAUUUGUCCACUAGGCUGUCGUCGUAUACCUCGCCGCUGUUAAUCCUCCCUCCCCCUUUUUUUGUCAUCUCUAGAGCCCUUAUUGUAGUGAGCUUAGGUGAAUGGUGAUGAUAUUGAUGAUACGUGUAGAGCAUACACAGAUAUCAUACCAUAUCAGGUUAAUUUUGUUACCUCCCUU